AUGGUCUUUGACUGUGCAAUUAUCAACGAAAGCAAACUGGAGGAAGCAGCUCGCUCCCACGAUGCCCCCAGGGGUUCCAGGACUGCGGAUCACGCCGUGGGCGCUUAUUUUUGUACACCUUCUUUCGGCAAGCAUGCCGCAUUAAAAAGUACGUUCUUCCUUCUCGAGGCGUCUUCUUCUCCCGGCUUGGAGCCCAACUCGGCCAAACGUAACAGCUGGUGGCAGCGGCGCGAUGGCGGACCCCCGGGAGCUCUGCGGCAGCAGUCGGACCCUGGCCCGGGAUUCGUGCCCUCGGCGUCGCCUGCAGUUUCCUGCCACGCCAUGCACUCCACAUUUCCGCACAUCGGCCUACAAGACCACCGGACCCUGCGCGCGUCAGUGAAGGACGCAUCCUUCGACUUGAAGACCGAGCACCGAGUCAUUUGACCUCGGACGGUCAGACAUCACUUCGCCGGAUCCUUGAACAUCGGUCGCCAAGUACUUCGGCGCUUCCGUGCACCUCGGAUAUGCCCAUCAAGCGCGCAGCCGGCUGAACUGGUGAAAAUCUCCGAAAGUGCCGUUACAUUGAAGUCUUCGACGAACCUUUCGCAAAAACCAGUGCGUGUGAAGACUUCUUUACCCCCUUGGUGCUCUUCCGUGGGGAGGGGCUGUUGCGUUUGCGCACCGCUCACUGCCUAUCAGCCGGCGCCCAAGUCUGGCUCUUCUGUUCCGGACGAUAAUCUGCUAUCGCGCAUGUGCGUUGAUAUGUUCUCCCUCGCCCUUCGAU